AUGAAUGCACUUCCUGGCAUGUUCGAAAAGAUAGAGAUUCUUGAAGGUGAUGGUGGUGUUGGUACCGUUCUUCGCAUCAUAUAUCCUGAAGGAUCAGUGCCGCUGACAAACGAGGAAAAGUUUGUGACAAUGGAUGACUGCAAGCGUCUUAAGGAGAUACUACAGACCAAAGAAGGAUAUCUAGACAUGGGUGUUACAUAUUACAUGGAAACUUUCAAAAUUAUAGAAUGUGGUAAUUCAAGUAUCAUACAAUCCAUUGUCGAGUAUAAAGCCCCUGAAGAAGUUGCCGCUAAAGUUUCCAGUCUCAUUAGUGUUGAGGGUCUUUUUAUCAUGGCCAAAAUUGUGGCAAAACAUGUUCUUAUGCCGAAAGCUUCUCCUAUUGCUGCCUAA